GGAUCUGGGGCUUGUGGGAUCCAGAUCUCCUGGUCACUGUAGCAUCUUUUAUGUACACCAGAGGGCAGAAGCUCCUUGGCAUGUAUGCGAGGGAACCAUAUAAGCUGACAUUCCUGAGAAAGGAGGAUGUAUGAAAACUCCAGAAUAAAGCUUUUGAAGAGGAAAGGAAGUUAAUGAGAUGAAGAGCUUCACCUGCUAUGGGCCUGUAGCCAUGCCAUCUCCAACUCACCAUUACUUUUUUGUAGCUACUGGAAGCCCUAGGAGUUCUCCGACCUUCCAUCAUCCUAGUUAUGAUGUCACAACUAUAUUCUGCCCCUAUUUAUUGCAGUUCUCUGGAUGGUCUGAAGUCCUGGCAAGUUAGUCAUCAUUGUGGCAGUUCCCACCUGCUGCAGGGUGUUUAUAUAUGGGAGCAUACCAUGGCAGAAGUGCUGGAAAUGUGGUGUUGGCUUACACAGUCGCUUCAGCCAAAUAGGGUCAUUAACUUCAGUCCAAUAAGAACCUCAUCAGUUACCAAAUGAAUCAGGGCAUGGUGGGUUUUUUGUUGUCUCUUUAAGUAUAGUUUCAGUAAUAAGUUUACUAAAAACCUUAGACAAGAAGAACGUCAGUAUUUGGAAUCUUACAUUGCUUGGCUAAAUUAAUACUAAAUAUAGACCAACAGUUUCAGGCUGGGGUUUAUGGGCCUGAUAGGAGAAUCUUUAUGCUGAAGGAAGGCAAAGAAAGAACUACAGAAUUUAUAGACAGUUUUGUUGUAGUUUCUCCUGAAUAAUUAGUUGCUGUUUUUUCCUGGUAACCUAGCAGUCAAAGCUCACGUUUUUGUCACACAUUGGACUCUGAGCUUCCUGGCAAGCAAAGCAAACAGAAUAAUUACAAAGUUGUCCACAAAAGGAAAUAUUUUCUUUCGGGGACAAUGAAUCAUUCUUCCCAGGACACUGGCUCUUGUGGCAUGCAUGAAGAUGGCAAACUUUAUGUUGUAGAUUCCAUAAAUGACUUAAACAAACUAAACCUCUGUCCUGCCGGAUCGCAGCAUUUGUUCCCUUUAGAGGAGAAAAUCCCUGACCUUGGCACAAACUCAGGAUAUGGAAGCCGGAGUCUGUUUUUCGUGGGGCUGCUAAUUGCGCUGAUUGUCAGCCUGGCACUGGUUUUCUUUGUGAUAUUUCUGAUAAUUCAAACUGGAAACAAGAUGGAUGACAUGUCAAGAAGGCUCACAGCUGAAGGAAAGGACAUAGAUGAUCUUAAGAAAAUCAACAACAUGAUCGUAAAGCAACUCAACCAAGUGGCCUCCGAAAAGAACUAAAGAACUGAUUUUCCAAGAGCAACUGCUAACACCUUGAGCUUCUCACUUCACUGGGAGUGUGUAGGGUUGAGAACUGAGGAAGCGCUCUUCUUCAGGCCACCGAUUGUCCUAUCAGUUCAGCCCUGGGACCUACUUUCUCCAGCAGGGAUGGGACUACCUUAAGGGGGUUGGCUGAGGGGGUUGACGAUAGCAGCUAGAAAAGGGCAAACUUGUGCCAGCCUCAUUUAAUGGUAGGGUACACUUCACCUUUGAUGGGGUAAAAGGAGAAUCAACAGUAGGCAAGAAAGUUCGGCUAUAUACAUCAACUUCUCUUACAAGAGGAACUUUGUCACUAGAACGAGUUCACUGUCCAAUAAGGUGUAUGACACCUCAUGUACCUUUACAGAUUCCUGAGAAAGCCUACAGAAUUCAUUGAAUUGUAUGUUGAAGGGAACCAGCUGAUCACUCUUUUUGAUAAAAGAAUCUGCUCACAUGAUUAGAGUUUGACUCUAUUUCCCUAGGGACAGUGAUGGGUGGGGUUCAGGGAGAGUUGCUGUCUGGUGUUUGCUGGUGAAAGCGUGAGUACUAGUGAUCUGUGUAUGGUGGGGCUAGGGCUUGAAAGAGAAAGCCUAAUUAAUUAAAUCAACUAAUGUUUAUUGAGCUUCUACUCUGCAAAUCACCCUACUCUGGAGGAGCUUACAUGCAAGUGAGGAAUAAAGGAGAUGCACUUAUAGUCAUACAUGAUUAUAUAAUUAUAUAAACUUGAUGAUGAAAAAAAAAUCCUUCGGUACCCUGCUGAUUAAUUUGGAAGAAUUUGAUAGCUUUGUGGCCUAGGCUAAACUAUAGUAGGAAAUUGUAUAUUUGGAAUAUUUGGAACCUGCCUUGUUUUAGCACAAAAAGUAAGGCACAGUAAGAUAUGGCAUGAAAUAAAUGAGUUUAAAAAGCAUUUGUGUUUUAGAAAAUCUUUUAUUUAAUAUAAAUAUAUUGUGCAAGUCAAUUGAGAAUGUAUUGCUAUUCUGUCAUUUUGGGUUGAUCAGAAACAUUUGGGUUUACCCCCAAAUUAAACAUGUACACAAACAAACAUUUUAUAACACUAGCUAAUGAAAUAAA